UAAUGAUAGAAAUAUUAAUGUAGCAAUAUGUUAAUGUAGUUUUAGAAGUUAAUUUAUAAUUUAAAAGUUUGUACAAUAGAAUAACCAAAUGGAUAGAUUUAGGUUAGUGAAGUAUUUGAAAUUUUUAAUAAAAAUCGCAAACUUAUUUUUUAUUAAUAAAUUUGCCUAUAAAAGAGCAAGAUGGCUCUGUAUUCUAAUGAAUAUAGGCUUUUUGUUCCACUUUCUAAUUUCAAAGUUCAUCCAGUUACAGCUGGUACCAAUCUCAAUGCCCUUUAUACUAAAUGGAUUCUUGGCAAGUUAUAAUGGGAUGUUUUGUACUAGUUAUUCUGAGCUAUUUAGGAGGCUUGGCUCUGAGUUUAGUGUGCAGUAUGACCGAGCAAAGCAUUGGAAGAUUUCAGAAAUAAGAGAACUUCUGAAUGAAGCUUAUACUAUUUACGCAUCACUUUAUCUAUCAGUUAACGUGUACAACUUGAGGUUGUCGCCUGAACUUUCAAAUCUGUAUAAUACUCUCAGGAAAUUUUUGAUUUUUCUCUCCAAUGAACCUGUUAAGCCCAAAGGAAUUGACUUUAAUAAUUUAGUUAACAUUGACAUUUACACAGACUAUAACUCAGCUAAGGAUAAGGUUAAGAGUAUGGUAAAAUUAACUAGUAAAUUAAAUUCGGAGCAUUAUAUAAGUUUUCUCUCGUUAGUGCACUCCGAGAAUAGUAAAUUUGUGACUGAUCAACAUGUUAUUCAAGUGUUAAUUGAAUUCCCAGAUUUAUCUUUCUUUGAACAGAUUGUAUCAUAUGCUAAUCACUUGUAUAAUAUUUGUAAUGUAUUAAACUUAGAAGGGAAUAAAGAACAUUCGAGAGGGUUCAUUUCACAUUUAUUUUUUCCUCCCAAUUACGGCUUUGGGAAUUUAGUCUACAUGAGGUCCCUGCUAAUUUACAAGUUUAAGGCUGUAAAUAGCAGAAUUGUUUCAAACCAACUAACCGGUGAAGUUAUCGACACUCUUUUCAUUCCAAGCAAGGAUUUCCUCAGUACUUUACAACGUAGCAAGUAUACUAACAAACUGACACCUAAUUCCCAUAACAAUGCUAUCAGUAUGCUGUUUGGAUCGGAUAUAUACUGCAAGGUAAUGGACUGCUACAGAGGAGUGAAUAAUGUGUUAGUCUAUGCUGGGCCUAACGCUGCUUGUUAUGAAUUUCAUGCAUUUCAAUCUGAAAUCCCAACACUAAUUGAAGCUGGAAAUUCGAUACUAUUGUACAAUUAUACCUCAGUUGCUAAUUCCAUCGGAGUACCUAAAAUUACUAACAUCACUAAAAAUAAUAAAUUCCUCAUUAACCACGUUCUUAACAACAUGGGCAUGGUUAAUAGUACCAAUACUCAUGGUGUUGAGGAUGCUAAUACUAAUAAGGAUGCAAGCGGGAGAAUAAAUUAUUAUGGAUUUAGCUUGGGCGGGUAUUUCAUAUUGAAGAUGUGUGAAGGGAGUGAGAUGAAAUUUAUGGUGUUUAACAAGACAUUUGGGGAUUUGAGGAAUUUAUCAAUGAGGAUGGUUGGCAGAUUUGUAGGUCCACUAUUACCUCUCUUUAAUCUGAAUUCUAAUACUAUAGAUGAAUUUUACAAGCUCAAGACUAAUAAAAUUAUCACUGUCGAUGUUAAGGACGAGAUCAUACCAGUUAAAUGUAGCCUUCCAAAUGAGCUUGUUAAGCGUACACUCCUACCCGGAAUUAAUAAAUUGACCAAAUCCUUCAUUGAUUACAAGUUCAAAACUCUCCAAAUCUUCAACGAUUCCAUUAAAUCCACCGCUAAUACUCCUAACUCUAACUCAACGAAUUCUGAUAACUCUGCCAAUUCAAGUAACACGACAGCCAACUCCAAUUGUAGUGUGAGCAAGUUAAUGUGCAGUAAGAAUUUAUUUAAUUUAAUGUUGUAUAACAUAAAUUCAAUUGGCGAAAUGCUGUUAAACUUAUUGGAAAAUGAAGCUGAGAACAAUUUAAAGGAGGAAAUUCAAAGUACAAAUGAGUUUUUUACAAAAUUACUGGUGUACGGAAGUGUGCCAAACCACUCUAUUUCAAGUAAUUCAAGCAUUUUAAAACGGAAGAAAAUUGAGCCAUAUUCACUCUGUAACCUCUACAGUAUACUCUCAGAACUUGAUUUGAACACUAACUACUUCUCAGUAAAUACCAACGACGGUGAUAAGUUGAUAAAAGUCCCUGUAAGGGUUGCAGUAUAUUUUAGCGUAUUGUUGGAGGAUAACACAAUAGUAGUACCAAGGGAUAAUGAUUACUAUUUGGAUUAUUCUUCAGUGUCAGAAACGCCAUGUGAAGCGAAUCACUUGUACAAAUUUUUAAAGAAUGAUUUGAAGAACUUUGGAGUUUCAAGGUUCCAACCAACACCACUUAAGCUUUUGGCAUAUUUUAGACUAUGCUCUCUCCUCAAUGUGUUUUACAUUAUGAACAAAGUUAACGAUUUUGUUGAACAGGUUGGGGAUUUGAACAAGGUUGAUGUUGAAAAGUUGAAUGAGGGUGAGGUUGAGAAAACUAAGUCCGUAUUCUACGACAUUGCUGCACUUAAUGAACUGUGUGGUGUAUUUUUAUAUAAUAUCGUACAGUUAUUGAUUGAAGAGCCUUUUGGAGAAUUAACAACAUUAGAACAAACAGCUGGGAAUGUAUCAUAUGAAUUCCACCUCAAUAAGUUCAGAAAUGAGUAUCAAAAGUUUGGAGUGGUAAUACCAGAAUUCGUUGGACACAAUGAACAAAACCCAUUCACACUAGCAUUGAUUAAGGACUUAAUCAAACAUUUAUAACUAAUAUAAUAGUCAUACACUUUUAAUAUAUUAAUAUAA